AACUAUUAAAGGUAUUUAUCUAAAGUAUUUUUAACAUUUUCAACUUUCUCCCGUCCUAAUUCUUACAUUUCUUUCUAUUUUUAAGCUUCCCACAAGGUCAAUUUAUGAAGAGCUGUAUUCCAUGGAUUUUGAAAACUACACCAUUUUUCUUCAAACGAAAAGAGAUAUGUUUGUUUACUGUACUUUGGGAUUAACGGGGAACGAUGUUCGUGAACAUGAUGACUGCCGGUACUAUUUUACACGCUCAGAGUUUAGUCCAAAAACUGAGUCCCCAAUUGUCAGUUCCUGUUUUACUUUCAAUUCUAUGAUUGGAAAGCCUAACACCAGCUCAGAAACUGCACCUGCCGGGGCUUAUUUUACCUCUACAUUGAACCUUGACCCAGUGAGACAUCCGCCAUUUAUCAAUAAAACAAAAGCACAAAUCUCAUUUCACAAUUCUCGACAGUUAAUAGAUCCCUACGAGGAAGGAUUUUCAAUGGAGCUGGGAAAAAAGUAUACUUUUCAGACGAUCACACCAGAAAUGUCAAAAGAAAUUUCUGACUGCCAGAUUAAAAACUGUGGACCAGCCUGCUUUGACGUGUUCUACGAAGUUUCUAGGGAUGUUUCUGAAAUUCGUGAAGGGAGAUGUGGUGAUGAAGAAGAAAGUAAUAUGUUUGCAGAGUGGAUUGAAAUUUCUAUUGACCUGAGCAACUUGGAAAUUACUACAUAUAACUCUAGUCCUAAAUUUGAAAGCAUUGAACUUUUUGGUAACAUUGGAGGCUAUGUGGGUAUGUGGCUGGGUAUAUCAUUAGUUGCAGUUUUCGAUUUCUUGAGUACAGCGCUUGCUUUGCUGAAAUUUCCUUUUCGAAAUUUUACUAUUAAAAAGACCAGAGUACUGAGAAUAAAUCAUCAAGAAAGGAACAAGAAUGUCAAAAACAGAAAAAACAAAUUUUGGUCCAAAUAUUUGACGAACGUUUUUCGGGAUUCGAUGCUGACUGGCGUUCCUCAAAUUCUUAUGGCUGAGAGUAAAACCAAGAAAUACGCUCUUCUAUUGGUAUUUCUGUCCUGUUUAGCGGGAUAUACUUAUCAAUCUUCUGAAUUACUGAAACUGUUUUGGAAGUAUGAAACUGUUGUUGAUAUACAACUAACUAACAGUAAAGUGACAGAAUUACCUUCCAUCACCAUUUGUAAUUAUGAUGGAUCAAAUAUAUCGAAAAUAUGUGAGGAGAUUAAACCAGAUUGGUGCAAGAUAUUAUGGGAAGAAUAUCGACGAUAUCAUCCACUUGAAUGUAAUUGCUUACCGGAGCGUAUUUGCGAAAAUGGCUUUUUGAUAGAUAAAAUGGCUCUACCUCUUUCUAGAUAUAAUGACAUAGCUACAUUUCCACCCAAUGAACGUCUAGAGUAUAUUCAAGAUUUAAAUGAUGUAAUACGUGGCUGUUCCUUCGUUGUGCAUGGUAAACAUCCCGAGGAUUGUGACUUGUCAUAUUUCAAAAAGUCAAGUGUUUCCACACCCACUGGGCCAGGUUUUUUGAGUGGCUGUUGGACAUUGAAUACUCUUUUUGGAAGACCAAAUGCAAAGCCAAGUGUAAUAACUUCGAGUGGGACUAUAGUUCUCAAUAUAUCCAUUGAUGAAAGGGAAUAUAUAUAUCUUUAUCAUCCUCCAGAAGGGUUAAUAUCCAUACACAAUCCGUACCGCAUUGUCAAUCCUCACAUUGAAGGCUUCACUUUAUCUUUGAAAACACAACAACAUACUUUUCAUUUAAAGAAGGUGGUGAAGAAACUUCUUCCAUAUCCAUAUGACACGAAUUGCAUUGAUUACAUGUCCAGAUGGAAGGAAAGAGGAGGCAGGGGACCAAUGAAUGAUGUUGAAUGCUAUAAUGAAUGCCAAUUAAAUAUUAGCUUAAAAGACAUUGGUUGCCUUUAUCAAAAGAUGAGACCAUACUCAAUGGAAAGCAUUAUCUGUCCUGAUGCUAUAAGUGAUUUUGAGAAAUAUAUGGGUUUUAAGAGCUCAGUUGAAAAGAAGAGAAUUAAAACAUUUCAUUCAACCGAAUUCCGUCAAAAAAUUGAAGAGUGUGCGAAAAAGAAUUGUGGACCUGCUUGUUACGAAGAAUCCUACCAAGUACUUAAAUAUGAAGAUGAUGUGCAAAACAAGGACCAAUGUAAUAAACAUUCGAAAGAUAACAAGCAGAAGAACAACAAAUCAAACUUAAUUCAUAAUAUAACUGUGAUUGUUAAUUUGAAUGAGAUGCCGACUACAACAUAUUCUUAUAGACCGAAAUUGGAGAGUGUGGAGUUAUGGAGUAACAUAGGAGGCUACAUAGGAAUAUGGCUUGGAAUAUCUUUAAUCGCUUUGUGCGAUUUUUUCGAUACAAUAAUUGGUAUCCCUUUUCAUCUUUAUCAGAAGCUUCAUGUCAGAGCUUAAACAUUUGUAAUGCGAAUUUUCAAGCGCUAAAGUUUCUUCGUAUAAAUAAUUGCAAACUUAAAUAUCUAUCCUGUAUGGAAAUAUGUGUUAAAUUAAUGCUUGAAUAGCUUUUGUGA